CUUUCGGGCUGGUUUCACUGCCUCAUUUUGCUGUGAGAGGUUUGUUUGCAAAAAAAAAAAAAAAAAAAAAAAAAAAAAAAAAAAAAAAAAAACAUUCCUUAAAAAUGAAAAAGCUGAAAAAAGCUUUCUGUGAACGAGUCUUGCUUGAAAUCAUCUUGGGGUUUGUUAGUUGUUUUUUCAGUUUUGAGUGUAUGUGUAUACAUAUAUGUGUGUGUAUAUAGUACAUAUGUUGUAUGUAUAAUAUUUUUCUGCUAAACCUUGUACUUUUCUUCUUGAGUCACAUUAUUUUUUGGCUCUGGUUGAGUGCAUGAAGUCAUGAUUUCCGGUCUUUCACUUCUGUUUCUAAAGCAGAUCUGAUCUUAGAGAAGUCAUGAAACAGGAGAGGUUACUUGAGGGAUGGUUGUGCUGGAGCUUUGAAACAAACAGGAUCUGAAAGGAUGAGACCAUCCAGUAUGGACAUCAAAAACAAGAUUGAUCAACACAUGGGGGGAGGAAAGCAACACAGAGGACCUUUCCAAGGGGUCCGUGUGAAGAACUCAGUAAAAGAACUGCUGUUGCACUUCAGAAGCAGCAAACAGAUGUCCUCAGGCUCUGCUACUGAUGAAUGCAAGACACAAGGAGGACUGGUGAACUACGAACAGUAUACAGCAGAGCUCAAGAGCAUACUUGGUCACAGUGGCAAAAGAAAACUGUCUGAGCACCUUUCUGAUGGACCUUCUUACAAACGCCAAGCUACUGUUCACCCACAUCUCCUGACACCACCUCAGACACCAACUUCUGUGGACAACAUGGAGGAGACUCAUAAAAAUGAACCAAAGCAUGAGAGCAAUUCUGAUCUACUUCAGAACAUCAUAAAUAUUAAGAACGAGUCUAGCCUUGUUUCUCUGAAUACAGUGCAGGUUAGCUGGUUGCACCCAGUCUCUAACCAUAACUCGCCAAGGGAGCAAUACCGAGACAGCCCGGGAACACAAACUUUCUCCCCAUCCCAGAAGUACCAAGCACUCCAAGAACACACCUCCCAGCAUAUGCUUGAUCCUCCUCAGCAUUACCAGUUUCCUAUGUCACAGAACCAGGAUUUGCCCCAGAAUUACACUUCGGAUCCAUCCCUGGAGUACAGGCCCUUUUCUGCCAAUGACCAGUCUCCUAGCUACCAUCAGAAUACCUUUGAGAGCCAUGAACUGCAGUAUUGUCCAUCACAAAGUUUCUCCUCUCUCUUGAAUGAUUCUGAAGGCUCAGAGAAUAUGUCCGCUCCUCUGCAGCCCCCAACCAGCGCUCACCCACAGGCUGAUGUCAGCACCCAUACUCCGAACUUCAGCUUGGUUCCCAGUAGCAUCUGUGAUAGUCUUGAACACAGUGUCUCUUUGGCUGCUUUGAAUGUAUCUUUAUCACACCAAAACACUGCCAGAAGCACAGCACAGCUGGGCAAGUCAUUUUUUCAAUGGCAGGUGGAGCAGGAGGAAAACAAACUGGCUAAUAUCUCUCAAGACCAGUUCCUCACAAAAGAUGCAGAUGGAGACACCUUCCUUCACAUUGCUGUUGCCCAGGGCCGACGAGCUCUCUCCUAUGUUCUUGCAAGGAAGAUGGCUGCCCUGCACAUGCUGGAUAUUAAAGAGCACAAUGGCCAGAGUGCCUUCCAGGUGGCUGUGGCUGCCAAUCAGCAUCUCAUUGUACAGGACUUGGUUAGCUUGGGGGCUCAAGUCAACACCACAGACUGCUGGGGUAGAACACCAUUGCAUGUUUGUGCUGAGAAGGGGCAUGCCCAGGUCCUUCAGGCAAUCCGGAAGGGAGCUGUGGGAAGCAAUCAGUAUGUGGACCUUGAGGCAACAAACUAUGAUGGUUUGACAGCACUACAUUGUGCUGUUCUGGCACAUAAUGCUGUGCUGCAUGAACUGCAAAACAAUCAACCACCUCACUCUCCAGAGGUUCAAGAACUUCUGCUGAGAAACAAAAGCCUGGUAGAAACCAUCAAGACUCUAAUACAAAUGGGAGCCUCUGCUGAAGCAAAAGAUCGUAAAAGUGGUCGCACAGCUUUACAUCUGGCAGCAGAAGAAGCGAACCUGGAGCUCAUUCGUCUCUUUUUGGAGCUGCCCAACUGUCUGUCUUUUGUUAAUGCAAAGGCUUACAAUGGCAACACAGCACUGCAUGUUGCUGCCAGCCUGCAAUAUCGGGUGAGUCAGUUGGAUGCUGUUCGCCUGUUAAUGCGAAAGGGAGCUGAUCCGAGUGCCAGAAAUUUGGAGAAUGAGCAGCCAGUUCAUCUUGUUCCUGAUGGCCUUGUAGGAGAACAGAUAAGACGUAUCCUAAAAGGGAAGGCGAUUCAGCAGAGAGUGUCGCCGUUUUAAACUCCAUGUUUCUUGGAGUUCAGUUAACUUACACUCACUGUCAGUUAGGCAGUCCUAAUGUAUCUGUAAAUAGAGCAUUUGCCUGGUGUGGGCAAAUGUUAGUUGUUUCUAUGAAACAAAAGUAUUUUGUUCACUAUCAUAUAGUGGGUUAUAUAAGAAAAACAAAUGUAAUUCCUCUAAGCAAAUGGGAAUGUUUCAUUCCCAAGUACGUGGAACCUUUAGCUGGAUACCUGGAUUUCAUAGCUACGGCAGGACUGAUUGAUUUAAACAGCAAAAUGAAUGACUUCUGGACAAAGACAAUGCUACAGGAAACGUUUUAGAGAGCUAUUAAAUUUUGACAACAGAGCUUUGUUUUUAAUCACACUUAAAUAUCAAGUGUAGGAGAAAUCAAGUAUUUUGAAGCUGAAAAUUUAUUUAUAUACUUUGUAGCUUUCUUCCAGUAUCUUGUGCAAGAUUGUAUAGUCACUGGCAUUAUUGUACAGCUGUAUAGAAUUUACUGAGGUUGGAGAAUGAACUGAUAAGAAAGAAGUGCCUUGAACUUAUGAAUUGUGUAUUGAAUUUUAUAUUGGUGCAAAUCAUGUGAAUUCUGAUUUUGAAAGACUGAAGACCAAAGGUGCAUCAAAGUUGACUUUUUUUCCCUGAUGCUGAUUUGUCUGCUCUGAGUUUAUUAAUAUAACAAAGCCUUGCUGUUUCGUACGACAAUAUCAGUUUUUAUUAUACCCAAUACAGGUUUUUCUUUUGAUGGGGCAAUAGUUUGAGGGGGAAAUAUGACUUAAUAGUGUAUAUAGCUGUUAUACUUUGAAGACUAUGGUCCUGAUUCAAUGAAAGUGUUUAGCAUGUACUUUAGAUGCAUGCUGAAAUCUCUUGUUCAUUAUAAUACUUAAAUAUGUGUAAGCCCCACUAGUGUCAGUAGGACUUAAGCAUGUGCAUAAAUAAUUUGCUGAAUUGGGCUCUAGUUAAUUCUAGAGACUUUAAUCUUUCUUCACCUCCUAAGCAGAGUUAGUCCAUUUAUGGUUUUACCUUAUAGGUAUAGUGGAUAGCCAAGUAAUAGUGAAGUUAAUAUUUUUCCAAUUUUUAAUAACUAUGGCUGUUAAUGCAAAAUGUUUACUAGUGAUGCUGUAUACUUGUAUUCUGUCAGGAGAACUUCCUGUCACUUUCAGAACAAUGUAUGAUGAACUGUAAUCCAGUAAUGUUCUCUGUAUGGUAUCUUUGCUCUUAAACUAUUUUGGCAUCCCAUACAGUUCUCUUUUGUAACCGUUUAGUCUGUACUGUUUUGAAGUAUGUCUUGUAGACAAACUAAGUGGGAAAAUCUGAUAUACUGAGGCCUAGUUAUGAUGUAUUUCUUGGAAGGUCUCAUUAACUUGUUUGAAUAAAACAUCUUGAUUAAAA